GUCACACUGGUGACAACUUGUCACUGACAAGUCAUGAUAAUUUUUUUUGAAGCAAUAGUUUUUCGCCAUGGAUGACUCGUUUUUCGGCUUCGAUACAACUAUACCGGACGAGGACGGUGGCGAUGGGCGCAUUGCGGAGGAGGAGUAUGAUGCACUGAACGACGAAACCUUCGGAUCGGCGAUAAAUGGAGACUGGGAGGAGGCCCACGAGACGAUGGUGCGCCUCGGCGGCAAUGGCGAACGGAUGCGCAAACGGCCCGUGGACGCGUCUGCCGGCGGUAGUGCGGAUGUGGAUUUUCCCGACCACGGCAAUGGAGCCUUUAGGCACCCGAACCUGCUGUCGUCCGGUCCGUCGUCCAGCGGCUCAACACCGGCCCCGUUCAAUGCCCCCUUCAGGCAGGCGCGCCAUAUUGGCGACUCAGAUCUGGAGCUUAACCUCUCGUCGAUGAAGCUGGACGACAUGGACCUCUCCUCAUUCGCCGACAGCGAGACCGGUGGUCUGAGCAAUCGGAUCAAUCUGGACUCUGCCGUCUGGGCGUCGCAGCCAUUUCCGAACAACCAGCCACUCUUUCGAGAGCCCCUGCGCAGCGCCUUCAAGCCGCAGCAACCGCACCAGCAGCAACACCAGAUGAAGCCUCCCCCAGAGGCUAAUGCCAACUUCCCGCUGCAUCACCUGCCGCCGCCACCAUCGCAGCAGGCUGGGCCGAAGAUCACCACCCUCGAGGACAUUGAACGUAAUAUGAUUAUCCAGCAGGCAAUGCCUAAGCAGCAACAACAGCAGCCGCAGCAGCAUCAUCAUCACCAGCCAGCGGAGCGAAAGAUGUUCGACGACUUCAGCCUCGGCAACAGGCAGCAUGUGGCCACACCAACCAUGAUGCAUCAGCAGAAACAGACCCCGCAACAGCAGGCGCCACAACAGCCGCAACACAAGGCCCCUCCUGGAUUCUUAGGAACGCCACAGACCUCUCCACCCAGGCCAAAUUUGGGCUUCCCCGGUCCCCAUCAACUGCCCGAGCUGCUCCAAACACCGCCGUCACAGCAGCAACUAAACGGCAUGGGUGGAAAUCGAGCACCGCCCGGUUUUAUCUAUCCGCCGGGUAUGCCCGGCAAUAUGCCCCAACUGCCGCAGCAUCCGCUCAUGCCACAGCACUUGCCGCCCAACUUUCCGUUGCCCGGCGGCAACCAGCGCCCACUACCUAAUCCGCACGCCCUGCCCACGGCCCUGAACAACUUUGCAAUGCAUCCGAGCUUCAAUGCAAUGCGCGCCGCUGGCCUCCAUCCGGCGGCCUUCAUGCAGCCACCACAUCCGCAUCAGAUGCAGCAGCCGCGGAUGCCGCCGCACCCGCUGCAGUCGGCCAACAGCCUGCUCGGUCAGCAGCCAAACUCUAUGUAUAACAUGUUUAACAUGCGGCUGGUGCAGGAGAUUCAGCAAAACCAUCCGCUGCUCCAGCAGGCUGCUGCCGCCCGUCAAAUGCAGCAGAGCCGUGCUGGCUCUGUGGUUAGCGACCGCCAAAAGAAUCAGAUGCAGCAGCAGCAGCUCGGUCGGCGCCCGGAUGGGAAUUAUCCUCUGGAAGAAUACGAUGAGUACGCCAACCUGAUGAGCACACGCGACAAACACUGGCUGAUUGGGAUCCAGCUGUCGCAGCUGAACACGGAUACGCCCUAUAUCGACGACUACUACUUCACGGUGCACAGGGAACGCAAGGCUCAGCAGAAUGGGCAGAUGCGCAACAGCCAGGCGCACAAGGACAACCAGCUGAACCAUCCACUCACACAGCCGCGCGGCCAUGCGCAGCUCAUUCUCGUCCAGUUGGGCAACAAGAACGGGACUCGCAAUGGCCAUGGACGCGAGCGCCGCAACUCGGAAAACACCAGCAGCACGGGAGGCAGCACCAACAAUGGUCCAGGUGGCAACAACAACAACCUGACGGGCUACAUCUUCUCGCCGUUGAAGUUUGAGAACUCCCUGGGCAAGCUGCAGUAUGGCAGUGUGACGGCGCCGCGAAAAAUCAUAGACGCCGACAUUAUGGGCGGUGAAUCGAGCACCGGCACCGAUGCCACAGCUACGACCUCCGCGAGCACGAACCCCAAAUCCAACGCAGGAACUCCACUGCUGCCUUCGGCGAGCAGCGAAGUCAAUCCGAGCAGCAUGCGUAAGUCGCGUCACAUCUUGCUGUUAAUCGAGACGCUGUAUCGCUAUCUGCUCAAGCUGGAGGAUCUGGAGAGCCCCGAGGUAAUGGCCACCAUAGAGCUGAAAAAGAAAAAGGAGGCCGAGCGCAUCGCGGCCCUGGAGCAGAUGGAGAUGGCAAACAAAACGGCUGAAGAGCGGGCCGCCGAAGCCGCCAAUCCGCAAACCAUGAAUCCGCAACUAAGGAACAAGUUCAACUACGAGGUGGAGACCAAUGCGGCUUUGGUGAAUAAGUUAAAGGCUGGUCUGACCUUUGACAAGGUGGUGUCAAUGAUGAAUGUGCGCAAGGGAAAGAUACUACUCCGUCGCAUUAUGCCCUUCAUUGCGGAUCAAAGCAUUUGCUGGACCGUUUGGAGCGGCAUCUUUUGUUCGCUUCAGACCGUGGUGAAGAAGGACAAGGACGACGUUGAGGGACUCUUAUACGCACUCUAUCCAGAAUUUAAAAAGCACAUCAACAAGGCCAGUUUCGAGAACCUAGUGAGCAUUUCAGCAGCCAUCACGCUGAACGACAAGAAGCUGACCGGAAUCUUCUGCAGUCGCUUUGGAAUCCUUUCUCUUGUUGCCCUUAUACUGCGUGCCGAGGAAAUAUAUGUUUCCCGAACGGACGCCACCCUCAGCGAGGAGAACAGGCAGAGGUGGCGGGAGUUUUUGGCACAGGUGGCGUCCUGCCUCAAUCGCACCAUACAGAAUCAGACCAUCUCGGCGGCCAUCGAGUCGGAUGCAAUUCAGCCGCUAAUGAACCACUUUGAGCGGUUCAAGGAUCUAAAACUGGACGCGCUCUUAGCGUUAAUAACCGAAGCCAGGCAUCAAAUUGAUUAGGUUGCGUGUCGAGCCUUUCAUUUCAAUUGAUCGGGAGGAUUCAGAUAAUUGUAAAAUUCAUGUAGUCGAGUUUACUUUGCUUUACUCAACUACUCAUAUGUUUGUAUAAAUUAUGUAUCCAAUACUUACAUAUGUACCGAUAUGUACGAUCGUGUUUACUUUUACGCAUACUACAAAAAAAAAAAAAAAAAAAAACAUU